CUCUUCUUCUUCCUUGCCUUUAUCCUGACAUAACCAGUAAAAACCUGAUGGAGACCUUAGGGAGCGACAAGGACAAUGGUCUCCUCAGUGACAUCAACACAUUAACCUUUUCCGAUCGGGAGAAGUUUACAUCACAUGGACUUAUGGCAUUUGAAAUAAAUGAACCAAAAGGCAAGAGAAGGACCUCCAAAUGCUGCAUUUGGACCAUACUUAUAAUGUACCAGUUUGUGCUCACUGCAGGCUUUGCACUGUUGGCCUAUGAAGUCUUUUUUAAGAUGCCUCGUGAUAUAGAUAAGAAGUUUGAACAAAACAAUCUACCUUUAAGAGAAAAAAUGGUGAACCAUUUAGACAAAGAAACUGUGCAAAUGAAGACCUAUUUGAACAGAUCACAGGGAUCACAGGGACAAGAAAACUGGUUCGAUACCUUGAGGGAAGAAAUCCAUGUCAUCAAGCAAAGUAACCAGCAAUUACAAUGGAAAAUGGCCAAUGUUACAGGUUUAAAAGGGGAAAGAGGAACUCCGGGAACAAAGGGUGACCAGGGUAAUAAAGGAGAUAAAGGAGACACUGGCCUACAAGGAAGCAAAGGGGAGCCAGGACCGAAGGGUACUGGAAUUCAUGGACCAAAAGGAGAAAACGGAAUUCCAGGAAUGCAAGGACCUCCAGGUGCCCAAGGAGAGAAGGGGGAAAGAGGAUCCAUGGGAUCAAAGGGAAUAAAAGGAGACAUAGGCAUGCCAGGUAUUCCUGGAAUUCAAGGUGAAAGGGGAUUUAAAGGAAGCCCUGGUUCUGCUGGACCAAAAGGUGAACCAGGAAUAAAAGGACAAAUGGGAGAGAAGGGAUUUCAAGGCCUUCUAGGAGCUGAAGGAAAAGCUGGUGAAAAAGGAGAUGUGGGCCCAAGAGGACAAAUGGGUGCUAAAGGCGACAAGGGUGAGCAAGGAGAACAAGGCUCCAGAGGUAUGGUGGGACCUUCAGGAAUUCCCGGAGUAAAAGGAGAUAAAGGUGUUUCUGGAAACAUGGGUCCACCAGGAAGUCCUGGUCCAAAGGGUGAACAAGGGGAGAAAGGAGUGAAAGGAACAGCAAGUAACCUUCCAGGAUUGCCAGGACAGAAAGGAGAUCAAGGGCAAAAAGGUAGCAAAGGAGACUCAGGUGUCUCUGGAAUGAAAGGGGCAAAGGGAGAGCAAGGGAGCAGAGGCCUAUCUGGUGAAAAAGGAAGUAAAGGAAGCACUGGGUAUAAUGGACAGAAAGGUGAUCAAGGAAUGAAAGGAGACAAAGGUUCUGUGGGACCCAAAGGAUCCCCAGGAACAUCCCCAGGACCGAAAGGUGAAAAGGGUUCCCCAGGCAAGAGUCACACUGUAAGACUAGUUGGUGAAGACACCUAUGUAAAAGAACGCCGAGGCAGAGUUGAGAUUCGGCACAAUGGGAAAUGGGGUACCAUAUGUGAUGAUGACUGGGACAUAAAUGAUGGAAGAGUAAUCUGUAGGAUGUUGGGAUAUAGCAGCGCAGUUACUACCUUUACUGGACCUGCAGGCCCUGAUUCCAAAACAAUCUGGUUGGAUGAUGUACAGUGUAAUGGCAAUGAACACACCAUUUUUGACUGCACAAAACGUGAAUGGGGUGAAAACAACUGCAAUCACAGUGAAGAUGCUGGUGUCGAGUGUGCCUAAUGGAAGACAGUUCUGCAUGUCAAAUUAUACUUUAAUGCUCAAAAAAGACAUUCAUUCAUUCGUCCAUUGUUCAUCUCUGGCUCAUGAGAAAAAGGGUUAAAUUGCUUAUCCUGCUAUAUCAAUAUACAUCUGUAUAGUACAGUAUUUGUUGAUCAAGGCUAUUUUCAUCAAGUGUGCAAAGAGUCAAUAUUCAUAUUUGGGGUCACAUUAUUAGAUUACCAGUGAAUAUUUAUGUGGGAACCAAACAGAAAUGGAAGAUAAAUUGAAUAUAUUUCCAGCUGACAUAUAUUCUAUAAGCUGAACUCUUAAAAUAAACUUCCAAGAUUUUGUAGUUGGAUGUGGUAACAUUUAAACCUACAUUGGAGACCCACCUUGGGAGAGCAAAUAGGAAAAUACAGAAUUUGUCUCCUAAAUUUUAUGAAAAAUUCCUGUGUUUAUUUAGUCUGUAUUUCCUUGUUGGACAAAUGAAUCUGAAGUUUCUUCAUUUCCCUUCAUUAUCUGUUUAUAGCUAGUUGUGCUUAACCAUCAAGGUCAAGGGAUUAUGGUUCAUGAUCCACAGAAGAAAGCUAAGAGCACAAAACAGAACUUCAGCAAUCUCUGUUAUAUUAAAAAAAGUUCUUUUUAAACUCAGCAGUGGAUUUUCCCUUUUGCAGUAGGAGCUGCUGUGGUGAAAAUAACAACGCUUUCUGAGUAAACGUAUGUGUUUUUUGUAUGAACAUUUCCUUCUUUUGGAUUGCAAACUCUGGUUUUCCUAUCUGAUUGUGCAAUGACAGGAUGCUGGUUUCGAUUACUUGGCCAUGAACUGGCCCCUGCAAUUAAAAUGGAAACCGUAA